AUCGCAGCUGAGAGGGAGAGCUGCUGACGACGAGCUGACAGGUCGGCUGAGUUGACUCGCGGAGAGCGGUGACGCGGAAUUGGCGAUUGGCGCCUGACGGCCGCGCGCCAGUCAGUCGCUUGACACUUGACUGUCCGGGGUCAGUUUCGCACAGUCCUGAUUCGCGAGCUUAUUAUUGUUUUGUUGGUGCGCGGUUAAUCCGGAGCGCAGAGAGUCCGAGCGCGACGACGACGACGCGCGUCUCGCAAAAUGGCAGAACGAAGCCGCGCGGGUUACCUCGCGCUCCUCUACCUGGCCUGCCUGUUCGCGCAGGCGGUGCGGUCGAACCCGGUGAACAUCCCCCUGAACCGGGUGCCCUCCGGGCUGCUGGAGAAGGCGUGGAAGGCCCUGAACGAGCACUCUCCGACGCAUCACCUGUACGCGCAUGGCAACCUGAUAAACGCGCAGGAAUUGGAGGAGCCGCCUUACAAAGUAUACAAAUUCACGUACGACCUGAGUCCAAUAUGCGGGGUGGAGUCCUGCCCCAGAGAGGCCUGUACUAUCGACCUGAAGCAGGACGAGCACGGCGACAUAGAGACGCUGAAUGAUUCCAUUCAGUGCAUGUACUUCUAUCCGGCGGACGCGCAGAAUGACAUGUCGCAGGAGCAGAGCUAUCAGGCGGAGGAGCAGGAGGACUCUCAGGUCACUCAGGAUAGCCUGGCCGAGCAGGUGAACAGCAAUCGGAGCGUUGAAUUGGAUCACGAGAUUCAGGAGACCGGCGACGAGAACGUCAAGACGUUCGUCGCCGUGCGCGCCUCCGGCAACACGUACUGCCCGGGCUGUCCGUACGAGCUGAAUCCGAAUCUGCCGGGUCUCCUCGUUUUCGGCGACCAAACGUUGAGAUCGAUGGACGAGCAGACCGCGGGCGAUUACAAGCACAAGCUGUUGAGCAUCGUGAGGGUCACCCGCUUCGUGCCGGUUUCGUCUAACGUGAUUAAGUACGAGCUGCUGCUGCUGAUAGGCGAGUCCGAGUGCCUGAAGAACGCCCUGGAGCAGGAGCAGGAGUGCCCGCUGCGAGCGGCCGUCCCGACCAAGUUGUGCAUGGUCACGUUCGAGCAACGACCGUGGCAACAGACGUCUCUCAGGAUCACCAAGAACAACUGCACGGAUCCCGAGAACGCGUCCAGCGAUCCGACCGGCCAGUCGUACGGAUCAACUUUGGAGAGCGAAUCCUUGGUGACGGUCAAAUACGACGAAGGGCAUCCGUUCCACACCGAGAUGGACGACGCCUACGAGAGCCUGAAGGAAAUGUUGGACAAUUACACCCAAGCGCCUCCGAUGUCCUCGAAGGAGCCCGCGGAAGCUGAGGUGACGGAAUCCACGAUCGUGAAAGUGGUACUGAAUAAGAGCCAGGAUGACGAAAAGAUCUUGGGCUUUACGGACAAGGCGAAAGAGUUCAAAGAGUUCUUGGAGGACUUCGAUCUGCCCGUCAAGGUGGAAGCUACGCCCGACACAGGUGAGGCUAUGAAGGAAGUCAAGGAAGAGAAAUUUCAGCGAAAGAAGGUUUCCGUUCCGGAGGAUUUCAAGCUCGAAAAGGCGAACGAUAGAGAAAAUGUUAAUAACAGGAGAAAACGCUCGCAGAGGCUGGUCGGUGCUCCCGCGCCGACAUCCACAACCGAUCCUGAAAUCCAGCUCUUCGCUGAAAAAGCGCUGCGCAAAAUUUCCGCGGAAUCGGACAGUCCGAACGAACCGCUCAUAACGGAAAUCAUCGAGGCGACCGUCCAAGUAGUCGCCGGUAAACUUUACAAGAUCAAGGCCAAGCUGGGCGACAGUAAUUGCCCGAAGGGCACCAAGGACAACUGCCAGUUGCAGGAGGGAAGCGAGGUGAAGGAGUGUCUGAUAAAGGUGUGGUCGCGGCCGUGGCUCGACAACGGUUCGCCCGAGAUAACUGUGGAGUGUCCCCCGCCGAAUAAUGAGAGAAGGAAACGGUCCCUGCGCGGCGUCGAUUACAACAGGAAGAUGAUGCAGCUCGCCGAGGACAUGAGAACCGAGCGGCUGUUCGACGACUUCGCGGUGACCCACAAUCGAACGUACGCCUCGCCGGAGGAGAGGAGCCUGCGGCUCCAGAUAUUCCGCGAGAAUCUCGGUAUCAUACAGCUGCUGCGGAAGACCGAGCAGGGGACCGGCCGCUACGGCGUGAACAUGUUCGCCGAUAUGUCGCGCGAGGAGUUCCGCGCGCGUUAUCUCGGCCUGCGACCGGACCUGCGGUCGGAGAACGAGAUUCCCCUGCCCGAGGCCGAGAUCCCGGACAUCGACGUGCCGUCCAGCUUCGACUGGCGACAGAAGAACGUCGUGACUCCGGUGAAGGAUCAGGGCGGAUGCGGUUCGUGCUGGGCCUUCUCGGUGACGGGCAACGUCGAGGGCCAGUACGCGAUCAAGCACGGCCAGCUGCUGUCCCUGUCCGAACAGGAGCUGGUGGACUGCGACGAUCUUGACGAAGGCUGCAGCGGCGGCCUGCCCGACAACGCGUACCGGGCGAUCGAGCAGCUGGGCGGCCUCGAGCUGGAGUCGGACUAUCCGUACGAGGCGGAGAACGAGAAGUGCCACUUCAAGAGGAACUUGGCCAAGGUGCAGCUGACCUCCGCCGUCAACAUCACGACGAACGAGACGCAAAUGGCGCAGUGGCUCGUGGAAAACGGCCCGAUCUCCAUCGGCAUCAACGCCAACGCUAUGCAGUUCUACAUGGGCGGUGUCUCGCAUCCCUUCAAAUUCCUGUGCAAUCCCAAGAAUCUGGAUCACGGCGUGCUGAUCGUCGGCUACGGCACAAGUAAGUAUCCGCUUUUCCACUCCAAGCUACCGUAUUGGAUCAUCAAGAACAGCUGGGGAAAGUCUUGGGGUGAACAAGGAUAUUACAGAGUUUAUCGCGGGGAUGGCACUUGCGGACUUAACACGAUGGCCUCGAGCGCCGUGGUUGUUUAAUGCUACAUAAAUAAAAUUUUUUCAUGACAAUUAACUUAUAAUCGUUCCGAACGGAGUUAUAUAUUAUACAUACAUAUAUAGAGAUUAUUCUUUUCUACUAAUUAAUGUCGAUUUUCGAAAACUGAAUCCAUUCGCUUGCCAAAUACUUGAACGUACGCGACUUCACCACACUCGUGAAUUUACAACACUAGAUAUGGCUGCGUUCGGGGAGCGCUCUACCAGCGCUAUUGUUAUUUUGUGUUAAUCGUUAAUUAGGACAAAAUGAUGCAGUAGCGCUGAUAGCACGCUCCCCGAAUGCAUACUAUGUAUUUAUAGUAUACACUCGAUAUUGAUAUUCAGCUUAAUUGUGCAGCUUAUUUGGCAAGCUAAUGAAUCGCCUGGAGCCAGUUAUGUUGUUGCAAUUUUUAAGCUAAGUUUUAUUCUCUGCAUAUUUAUAUUGAGAGAAAAACGAUGUAAUCGUUUUACGACAAUCCUGUUUGAAAAAUUCGAAACUAAAUUAUAUAGUAAUAUAAUUCGCUAAUGUUUUGCAAAUCUCUUUAUAUAAAAUACGGAUAAUAUAUAUAAAUAUUUAAAGUGUGUUAAAGUAAUGUUGAAACUACAGCAAUAGAAGAUGUUAAGCGUUCUACUAACUUCGCCAAGUUUCAAUUGCGUGUAUAAAAAUCAGUAAGAAAAAAAAAAUGAAAGUGUAACCCGCCCCCUCCCCCCCGAGACUUCUGUAUUUUACAGUUUUUAAAUUUGUUACAGACCGUCAGCAUUUUUUUGAAAAGUUUUACAACAAACUUUUAACUUUGCGUAGAUCCUGGAGAGUAGUUUUUAUAUAUGCAAUUUAUUAACUUAUAGAGCGAAAGAAAUUGUUUAUAAGAAAGUAAAUGAAACAAGGAAGUAAGUAGGAGUUGGACUUUUAUUGAACGUAAUAAAGAUAACUAUGCGAAA